AAAAAAACAGGACACAAGAGCCGAUAAGACAAGGCGAGACAAGCGGUACAAGGUACACGAGACAAAAUAUGUUUGUCGUCUCUACUCUUUUUCCUCCAUUUUCCACCCUCCAUUCGCGCUGCAUGUCUCGUUAGCAAGCAUUUUCUUUAUAUUUGUCAUUCUCUCUCGUCUGCUGUCACUGCAUACUUACAGCGGCACCUGCAGCGACAGCACUAAGCGCUGUACUGUAAGUCGGCCACCCCACGCUGGCUGGCGCUGCGCUUAAAAGACUACCUGAUCCUCCUCCACCCACACAAUCCCGUCCCAACGCAAAGGAUUCGACGCACUUGACUUGCCAUUCUCCGCUUAAAAAUAUCUUUUCUUCUCUUUAUUUUACCUAUUUGAAGCACAAAAUUCCCUUUCUAUACUUAUACUUUUCAUCAAACCCCCCAUCCUCCCAGUACUGGCUGGAUUCGGAUUCUCUGCUUGCAGUCCUCAACCCCAUCCAUUCGGCUAUUGCAACCUUGUACCACUACCCAAAAACAUACAACCAUGACCACAACAAGCAUGAACCCUCCUCCGAGGCCUCCUCUGCACCCCCGACGAAGGGUCAUUGACGAUGGCAUUCCCUUUCGAGAGUCCAUCAUCACCAGCCGCGAACGAAACGGAAACAGGCCCGUCGAGCGGCCCCAAGUCCUCUACCAGCAGAUGCCCUGGCGCAUCACGAAUUCCAUGAUGAAACGAACUCUCCGCCGCAACGAGUGGCCCAAGAACCCGCUGGACCGAGACGGCCCUCGCAUCCCGCCGCCAGCAAACUACCCACGCCGCUGGAAGAUUGACCGCACCGCACUACGAUAUCUCUGGGUGUACUCCGACUUCCCCAUCCCCACACAUCACAACACCUUUCAGGACACCGGGUCCUGCUACCAUCUCGUCCAGCGCUUCCGCAACACCAAGCGCCUCGUCGACCUGCCCGCCGACAAGAAGGAAGUCAUCAAGGCACAGCUCCGCGAGAUCCACCGCGAGUACCGCACCUGGUCGACCUGCAGGCCCGGCCUGCCGCGAACCCCGUACAUGGUCCCGCCCUCGCGUGUCACGGCGGGCGGGUGGAAGAUUCAUAGUGUCUGGAAGCCUCGCCGCGACUUGCCCCCUGGCGAUUAUUACUUUGCACACAACGAUCUUACACAGAAUAAUGUCCUCGUGGACGAGACUGGCCAGUAUAUUGUUGCCAUUACUGACUGGGACUGCUGUGGUUACUGGCCCGAGUGGUUUGAGAAGCCGCUCUGGGAGCUGGACGACCCAAAGGAUGCGGAGAAGGGCGACCCCGAGGAGAUUGAACGCUGCAGACAGUGGUUAAUGGACAAUUGUGAGGAGGUUGUCAUGGAGCAUAUCCCAGAACCAGACUGGACGGCCGAAUAACAGAAACGCACAAUACAGAUUGUACAGUGUCGAUGAAGGGCGGGACGGUAUUCUUUUGUUUUGUAUCGAAUCGUAUUAGCGAGCGUAUGGCAUGGCAGCAGACUCUAUUAUGAGCUUCUUCUUUAUUUUGUCUUGGGUAUUUCAGAUUUAAAUUACAUACCAUAGCAUCUAUGCAGAACUUUUGCUAAGAACUCAAGGAGUCUAUAUAAACAGUGUAUUACAAGCAUUGACGUUAUGCGCCGCUGCAAGCCACCAACAUUGGCCCGCGUGGUGUAUAGUACUACCGCUUUAGGCAUGUCCACC